GCUGUUCUCACCUCCCUUGCUUCUGUAAUAACAAGAACACAUUUGUGGACCACUUGCCAUUUACCAACCAACGAAUACCGCUUAGACUUCCUUUACAACAUCACCUCUCAUCAUGCUGGUUCUAGUAAUAGGCGAUCUUCAUAUCCCCCAUAGAGCGCAUGACCUGCCUGCCAAGUUCAGAAAGCUGCUUGUUCCAGGAAAGAUUCAACAAAUCAUUUCAACAGGAAAUGUGUGUGACAAAGAAACUUUUGACUACCUCCGGUCAGUUGCAGGAGAUAUUCAAGUCGUCAGGGGAGACUAUGACCAAAACCCAUCCUGGCCGUUGUCAAAAAUCAUUACGCAUGGUCCUAUUCGCAUUGGAGUUUUGCAUGGACAUCAGAUCAUCCCUUGGGGCGAUACAGAGGCGCUCAAUAUUACGGCGCGUCAGAUGGACGUCGACAUCCUCUUAACAGGACAUACCCAUAAGUUUGAGGCAUUUGAGCAUGAAGGCAAAUUCUUUGUCAACCCAGGAUCGGCUACUGGUGCAUAUCAUCCCCAAAUUGAGGAUGUGACACCUUCAUUUGUUCUGAUGGAUUUGCAAGGGUCUGUGGUAGUCUUGUAUGUAUAUCAAUUAAUCGAUGGCGAGGUCAAAGUCGAAAGAAUUGAGUACCGAAAGCCGUUCGACAACCGUGGUGUCUAAAUGGGAUGAAAAACAAAAAGCAAAAAUAAAAUAAAAAAAUAAAAUAAAAUAAUGGCGAAUUGUCAGAGUCGUAAGGAGACUAUAUCUGGAUAAUGAAAACAUGAUUAGAACCUGAAUAAAGAGAUUGAAUGCG